AGAAAUGUUAUGCCUCAUGUCGAGCUCGAAGCCAUUUCAUCUGAAACUUCAAACUUUAAGGUUUCGUUUUGACAAAGAUGUGGAGAAGAUGAACAAUUAAUCCUUUGACCUUUAACCUGACUCAAGUCAAGGAUUCUGUGGUCGACUUGACUUCAUAAGAGAAAAGUGAGAAAAACAAGGUUGGACGUCUGAGUUGAUAUAUGAAACUCAGUCACAGAUGAAGUCACAGCAGCCCGACCCGUCGGACAGGAAAACAUAGCCUGCUGAGCACACAUCAACACGGCUACGUGCUCCUCCUCCCCCCCGAGUGACACAAAACCAAAUACAAACACUCACAUGGGGAUUUGAUUUCAUAGCAACCCGCCUCAGCGUUCCCUCCCUCCCUUGAGCAAGAGGGCGGAGACUGGGAACAGGUGGACACCUGAGAGCUCCCAUUCCAGCAGGAUGCAAAUCCUCACAGUCGAAACCUGUUCGUGCUGACCUGUGGCACGCUCUGGAGUCAUGGCGAACGGCGCACUGGAGAUUGUGGGACUGUGCGUGACCCUAAUCGGGCUUAUUGGGGCGGCGGCCAGCACCGGGAUGCCGAUGUGGCGCGUGACGGCGUUCAUCGGGGAGAACAUCAUCGUGAUGGAGACCCGUUACGAGGGCUUGUGGAUGAACUGCUACCGGCAGGCCAACAUUCGGAUGCAGUGUAAAGUGUACGACUCCCUGCUGGCGCUGUCUCCGGACCUCCAGGCCGCACGGGGGCUCAUGUGCUGCUCCGUUGCAUUGACCGGUUUGGGUUUACUAAUCUCCAUUAUCGGGAUGAGGUGCACGGCAUGCAUUCAAGACAACGACCGUGCCAAGCGUAUGGUUCUGAUCAUCUCCGGUUGCAUGAUCCUAGUGGGAUGCUUCUGCUGCCUCGUUCCCAUCUCAUGGACCGCACACGCCAUCAUACAGGAUUUCUACAACCCCUUGCUCCUCGAUGCCCAGCGUAGGGAACUUGGGGAGGCUUUGUACAUCGGUUGGGUGUCGUCGGCCUUCCUGUUCGUCGGUGGUUGUAUAUUCACUUGCUGUAGCGGCCCGUUGGACAAGGGCCCGGACCCAAGGUACAGGUACUCCAGGAACGCACCCUAUGUGGCCUAUCAGCCACAACCCAUGGCCUUCCAUCCGCAAGCCCGGUCCGACUACAGUCAUCCGUCAGGACCACCGUCAUUCAUUCAGACGUCGUAUCAACCGUCCCGACAGCAGUCGUUCGUUCAGCCGUCGUACCAACCGACCAAACAGCAGUCGUUCAUACAACCGUCCCGACACCCGUCCGCCCGCAGCGCGGUGGCUUAUCUCUGAACCCACAGGCUUGUCUAUUUGUGUUUUUGUAUGUUUGUGUGUGUUAGAGAGAGAUGGAAAGCUUGGACUUCUAAACAAAGAUUUUUUUUUUUUUAAAGAAUAAAAUUGUAAAUGGUUUUAAAUGUAACAAAUUUAGUAAUACAUUUCAUUUUUGCAAGUUUCAUUCUUGGGAAUUCUUUAAGUUUGGCUUUUUUAAAUAUCUAAGAGCAAAGGAGAAACAGAAAGGAUAGACGUCAAACCAAAGGUUUUAGGUAACGUGGUUGCAUUGUACUUGCUCAAAUAAGCACCGAGUAAUAUUAAUGAACUUGUACUUACUAUAGAGUUAGGAUUUGGUUUAGGGUCAGUUACUUGCCUGUUAUUACUAUAGUAAGUACAACGUGUAACUACGUCACCUUAAAAUAACCCAAAGGGUUUUAAAUGUAAAAAAAAAAAGUUGCUUGCACAUUAAAUUUGUUCCCUGAUUCAAUCUAUGCUGUUUUUGACUAUUUGAAUGUCAUUUCAACUAAUUUUUGCAUUUUUUACUUUGUAAGGAGCAUUUUUGAGAACUGUGACUGAGAUACAGAUUGUUGUUUUAUAUGAUUGAUCAUACCUCAGGACGUUGUAAAGUGUGUCACUUGAGGCAUUACUUCAAAGCUGUCUAAAAUAUAAACUAGGAAAAGUGUUUAAUAUUCAGAUAUUUUUGUAAAAAUCAAAGCACAAUUCAAUGAUUUGAAUCAAUAAACAUGUGAAACAUC